GUCCAGGGGAGGCCCCCGGCGGCUGGAGCGCGGCGGAGGCAGGCGCAGAGGCCGGAGGGAGAGGAGGCGAGGGGCGGCCCGAGCGCGGGGAGGGAGCGAGGCGAGCGGUCAUGUGCCCGUGCCCCCUGCACCGCGGCCGCGGUCCCCCGGCCGUGUGCGCCUGCAGCGCGGGCCGCCUGGGUCUGCGCUCGUCCGCGGCGCAGCUCACCGCCGCCCGGCUCAAGGCGCUCGGCGACGAGCUGCACCAGCGCACCAUGUGGCGGCGCCGCGCGCGGAGCCGGAGGGCGCCGGCGCCCGGCGCGCUCCCCACCUACUGGCCCUGGCUGUGCGCGGCCGCGCAGGUGGCGGCGCUGGCGGCCUGGCUCCUCGGCAGGCGGAACUUGUAGGAACGCGGGGCUUCUUGGUGGGGCCGGAGCCGAGACCCAGCCGGAGCAAGCAACAGGUUGGUGAAAACCCUGUGUCCUUGGAGAAAGCUGGUUGCCGUUUUCCCGAGGGGGAGCCCAGAGCUUGAAAGGCGGCGGUUGGCACUUCGAGAAGGAAGUGGAGAAUAAAGACAGCGCCUGGAGCACUGGAGCAAAGCGGAAUGGGACUGGGGAAGCCCUCUGGAUACCCAGCUGCAGAAACAAACACCCCGAUGCUAUUUACAUACAGCUCGCUCUCUAUAUAUAAAAAAGAAAAUAUGAAUAUUGCUACUCAGUGCAUGCCUUGUUGAGGACGUGGUCCCCUCCCUUCUCUGCACCUCCCGAUGUGAACUUGACUCUUUCAUGCCUGGGGCACCAGAAGAGAGAUGCCUACCGCCUACUGAGAAAAGUCACCGAGACUGGUGGGAAUUAGCCUCAGAGCCGACCAACCACCUGGGGAGGGAUGCUGGCGGAGUGAGAGGUGAAAGGGCAAAGGGCAAAAUAGAAAAAAAAAAAAGUGAGGAGGACUCGCUGGAGGCCAGUGUGCAGGGGCAGUCUGGGAUACUUCUGUUUCCAAGUCGUGACCAGUCCCAGCCUCUCUCUCUAUCCCUGAGAUAGACAGCUAGUCCCAGUGUCCCAUCAGGACAAAUUGGAUUCCCCCCUGCCAAUCUGCUGUUUCUGGUGCUUCACGUCAACUUUGCUGGUGCUAAGCGUGUUUUUGCUGGUGCUGCUUUGGCAUUCUGUUGCCAGACCUGCGAGGCCAGGGGACAAGAGGGAUUUCAGUUUGCUGUUUCAAAUUCUUUUUUUCUAAAGGGACAAGGGGAAAGUGCUACUGGAGAGUCUCUUCUCUUUAUAUGGGGACGAAUGUCCAGAGGUGUGUGGGAGAAAACCUUGAGGUCCGGGCGGGAGGAAGGGCGUGAUGACUAUGAGGUGGAACACUGACCUCAUAUAUGACUUGUUUGCUGUCUCUUCCACCCCCUGAAAAAGUAUCCUGGGAGUUCAGCCCACAGCCUCCUCUAUUCCCCGAGGGAAUUUCAGGGAUUAGGUUUUAUGGAUUAAAGAGCUAAGAAAUGGCUACGCUCUAGUCAAGGGUAAUUUAUAAGCAAGGUACGUUGGGGGAGGGCAUGGGUCAUUUAAAUGAAAUGCACCAGCAUCUCACUGACAGAGGGUCUCAUUGUAAGCACCUCCCCCAGUAAGCUCCUAUUUUCAGAACUUUCUAGAAGGGCUAAAAACAAAAAGAUGUGUGCUGGACUGAGACUUGGCUGCAAAGGUCAUUCUUCAGGGAAUGAUUAUUUUUUUUUGCUUUCAUUUUUAAAAAUCCAACAAAAACAGGUAUUAUUUCUCUGUGUGGAGUAUCACACUGCCAUUUUCAAAGCUGAGAUGGCGAGGGGCCAGGCUGCGGGUUGAGUCACUCCGCAAGGCUGGGUUUGCAGGUCACCACCCGGUACCCGUGGCCAGGGCGUCUCCUGGACUGGUGGAAGGCGCCCUUCUAGUUCCAAGAAGCGGCAGAGGGAUGGGCUGCUGUUAACACUGACAGGGGGCUGAGUGGGAAUCAUUCCCUACAGGCUGGGCUGAAAAUUUCCAGGUCCCUUAUGGGUGCAGCACUUGUUACUGCUGCAACCUGGGAGCUAUCUUUCUUAAAAAAAAAUCAUGCCUGAUGUUUUCAUAAAGUAACCCUUUAAAGAAAAAUGCAACGCAAACUGCUGAAGGUGAGGGCAACCUCCUGCCCCCCACCCCCAGACUCAUUUCCCUUCUUCACUGGAGUGUCCCCCGCCCCCCACUGUUAGGGUUACAGGGGAUGGGUGUGUAGGCAUGGUCUGUCUGCAGAGAGUAGCAGGCGACAUCUGCACCCCCCCCCACACUGCCCUGCCACCUACUUAGAGACGGCGAAUUAAUUAGAAGGAUAUGAAAUACAGCCUCUGCUUUUAUUUAGGCACCAGGGU